AUGACACCGGAAACGAAACAAAUGUCAACGGAAUCUCCGAAUACUGUCGAAAAGGAUCCCCAUAAUCAAUGGGAAACGAAUAUUGAACUAGAAUCUCCAUCAAGAAAUUCGAAUAAUUGGUCAUGGCAUGAAGUCGGGAACGAACAAUAUCAAAUCUGUGAAGCUCCGGAUAGUUCUUUGCCAAUCUUACCACCUGAAGAUACAACUCCACUUGAAAUAAGAUAUCCCUUGGAAAAGGAAGCUGACGUUGCUGAUACUAAUGUAAUAGCUGGUAAAAUCGGACAAGGUGCAUAUAUCGAAUUGGAGGAUGGGACUGCCGUGUUAGUUGGAUAA